AUGGGUGGCCGUCAAGCAGAUUUGGUUGAGUUUACUGUGUCUCAUCCAAGUUUGGCUUGUCUUUGUGAAAUUUGUUUGAGCUCUGGUGGGUUUGAGGGAUAUGUUCAUCGGUGUCGUCUGCUCCCAGACAUUCCUCAGCUCCCAUUUGCGCCAAUCUUUGAUGCUCGCCUUGAUAUCUCUCGAUUGAUGACAAUUUUUCUGGUCGGAGAAACUCACGGUUUCUAUCGUUCGAACGCUUUAACUCAUCAGCCCAUUUACAGUCGGCAUGGGGGCGAUGUCCUUGGUCGGGGUUCUAACCUGUGUCGUGGGACCUCUCUCGAGUGA